ACGCCUGGGCAGCCACGGCGGCGGGGCCGCGGCGGGCGCCGGCUCAGCCCGCCCCUUUCUCCCACCGCCUCCCUGCCCCGCCCCGCGCCUCGCCGGCCGCUGUCAGCUCCCUCAGCGUCCGGCCGAGCAGCUGUGUAUGCUGAGCCGCUGCCGCAGCCGACUGCUCCACGUCCUGGGCCUUAGCUUCCUGCUGCAGACCCGCCGGCCGAUUCUCUUCUGCCCUCCCCGUCUCAUGAAGCCGCUGGUAGUGUUCGUCCUCGGCGGCCCCGGCGCCGGCAAGGGGACCCAGUGCGCCCGCAUCGUCGAGAAAUAUGGCUACACACACCUUUCUGCAGGAGAGCUGCUUCGUGAUGAAAGGAAGAACCCAGAUUCACAGUAUGGUGAACUUAUUGAAAAGUACAUUAAAGAAGGAAAGAUUGUACCAGUUGAGAUAACCAUCAGUUUAUUAAAGAGGAUCUGUAUUGAACGAUGUCUUGAGAGGGGAAAGAGUAGUGGUAGGAGUGAUGACAACAGAGAGAGCUUGGAAAAGAGAAUUCAGACAUACCUUCAGUCAACAAAGCCAAUUAUUGACUUAUAUGAAGAAAUGGGGAAAGUCAAGAAAAUAGAUGCUUCUAAAUCUGUUGAUGAAGUUUUUGAUGAAGUUGUGCAGAUUUUUGACAAGGAAGGCUAAUUCUAAACCUGAAAGCAUCCUUGAAAUCAUGCUUGAAUAUUGCUUUGAUAGCUGCUAUCAUGACCCCUUUUUAAGGCAAUUUUAAUCUUUCAUAACUACAUCUCAAUUAGUGGCUGGAAAGUACAUGGUAAAACAAAGUUAAUUUUUUAUGUUCUUUUUUUUGGUCACAGGAGUAGACAGUGAAUUCAGGUUUAACUUCAUCUUAGUUAUGGUGCUCACUAAACAAAGAAGGGUAUCAGCUAGUUUUUUUUUAAUUCAAAAAGAAUAUCCCUUUUAUAGUUUGUGCCUUCUGUGAGCAAAACUUUUUAGUACGCAUAUAUAUCCCUUUAGUAAUCACAACAUGUUAGGAUUUAGGGAUACCCGCUUCCUCUUUUUCUUGCAAGUUUUAAAUUUCCAACCUUAAGUGAAUUUGUGGACCAAAUUUCAAAGGAACUUUUUAUGUAGUCAGUUCUUGCACAAUGUGUUUGGUAAACAAGCUCAAAAUGGAUUCUUAGCAGCGUUUUAGUAUUUAUCAAAUAACUGACCAUUUACUAUAGAAAGGUGAAAAAACUUAAGCUUUGUUUUACUACAACUUGUACAAAGUUGUAUGACAGGGAAUAUUCUUUGCUUCCAAGAUUUGGGCUGGGGGCACUAGGGGUUCAGAGCCUGACAGAAUUGUCAGCUUUAUUCUGACAUAAUCUAAGGGUAUGGGGCAAGGAUCACAUCUAAUGCUUGUGUUCCUUAUACUCUGUUAUAUAGUAUUAUUCAUGAUUCAGCUGAUCUUAACAAAAUUCCUAGCAGUGGAACCUUGAAAUGCAUGUGGCUAGAUUUAUGCUAAAAUGAUUCAGUUAGCAUUUUAGUAACACUUCAAAAGUUUUUUUUCUUUGUUCUCUAGACUUAAUAAAAGGUUAGAAUUAAUUAGAAGAAGCAAUCUAGUUAAAUUUCCCAUUUGUGUUUUAUUUUCUUGAAUACUUUUUUCAUAGUUAUUUGUUUAAAAAGAUAAAAAAUCAUUGCACUUUGGUCAGAAAAUUAAUAAAUAUAUCUUAUAAAUGUUUGAUUCCCUUCCUUGCUAUUUUUAUUCAGUAGAUUCUUGUUUGGCAUCAUGUUGAAGCACCAAAAGAUAAAUGAUUUUUAAAAGGCUAUAGAGCCCAAAGGAAUAUUCUUUUACAUCAAUUCUUCCUUUAAAAAUCUCUGAGAAAUUUGUUUUCGCCUUACUUUUUUUUUCCUCUGUCACCAAUGCUAAGUGGUAUCCAAGAUUCUUAAUAUGAGAUUUAAAAUCUUAAAAUGUUUCUUAUUUUCAGCACUUAGGUCAUUUGGUACACAGGGUCAAAUAGGGCAAAUAAUUUUGUCUUUGUAUAAUUAGAUUUGAUAUUUAAAGUCACUGGAAAUAGGACAAGUUAAUGGAUGUUUUUAUAUUUUAAUAGAAUCAUUUCUAUGUGUUAUGAAAUUCACUGAUUAAUGAUAAAUUUUUCAACAUACUUGCCAUUAGAAAACAAAGUAUUGCUAAGUACUGUAACAUACUGGCCACCAAAAUUCGUAUUGAGAUUAUCUUGGUUUCUUGUAAGAGAUAGGAAUGAGUUCUUACCUAGUGUUGCAGUCUAGCAAAUACAGAGGUGGUUUAAUCAAACAACUCUAGUGUGAAGCAAGAGUAAAGACUAAGGUUUUGAGAGCAUUCCUACUCACAUAAGUCAAGAAAUCUGUCAGAUAGGAAUCUAAGUAUUUAUAGCGAGAUUGUGAAAGCAACCUUAAUGUUUUGAAGGACUGUUGAGACUAGGUGCUUUGCUUCCUUUCCUCAGAUAUCUUUCUGUGGCAUUUGAGAACAGAAACCAAGAAACACGGUAAUUACUAAAUUAUGAGGCUUUGCUUUUUGUUUGCUUUUAAGUAGAAAAACAUGUUGGCAACAUUGAGUUUUGGAGUUGAUUGAGGUAAUCAGACUUAACUAGUUUUGUCAUUCCAUUUGUUAAAGAUACAGUCACCAAGAAUUUUUUGAGUUUUUUGAAAGACCCCAAUUUAAGCCUUGCUUAUUUUUAAAAAUUAUUUCCAUUCAGUGAUGUUGGAUGUAUAUGAAUUAUUUAGUAAAUAAUCUCAAUAAAUUUUGUGCUGUGGCCUUUGCUA